AUGAAACUACAAUUAAUACCAAUUCUCUCAAGUAUAAUUUUAUUUUGCGUGCACGUUGAAGUUGACGGCUGGGGUGAUCGAGUUCUUCUAGAAAAUGUUCGUGCUUUAACUCUGCAUAAAGGAAAAUACACAACUGGAAGAAGAACAAAGCCUAUAAAGCAGAUAACAUGCGUUGGUGGAGACGCAGGCUGUAGUUAUGAACCUGACGUUAUUCAAUGCCGAAACGUGGGAUCAGAUGGAUCAAGAUCUUGUGGUCUCGAAUAUACUUUAUAUUUCACCAAUAUUCGAAACGAAAAACAUUGGUUUAAUGAAUAUUUUGAUUCAAAUUAUGAUAUAACCGAUCUAAAAAAUUCGUCGACGUCAUUUAGCGCAUUUUUUGGAAUCAUUUGGCUUGGCAUGCUUGGAUACAUUUUAUACAACAUGUAUUUAACAUGUAUGAGGACACGAAGGGCGGAUAAUAGGCCCAUCAACAUACCGAACCCCCCAGAAAAUAGAGCUGAUAACGAAAGAAUAAAUCUUCCUAAUCCUGGAUUUUGGUCAGGGAUUAUAGGCGGUGGCUUAUUAGGUUACUUAUUUGAACCUCCAAGUUAUGGUGCAAGUUCUUCAUAUUUCACUCAUGAUAAUGAUAAUAAUUGUCAUCGUUAUAGAGAUUAUUCCUCACAUACUACUUCAAAUUAUAAUGAUGAUGAUAAGCACACCACCUAUGGUUUUGCUGACACUGAUGUAAGAUAA